GGAGGAGGAGGAAGAGGAGGUGGCGGACCCGCCUGCGCAAGAGCUGGAACUGCGCGCGCUUUCCUCCAGAACACACGACGUAUUUUCCCGUUAAAACCCGCUUUGCUGAAUUACGAAGGCCGAUGAAGAUGAAGACGAAACGCCCUGUCGGCUGAAUCGGUGGGGAAGGCGGAGGAGGGGGUCGAGUGGAGGAUGCUGCUCUCACCAGGGGCAGGUGUCUUCUUCAUCCAAGUGGAUGCGCAAGUCACAGAGCGGCAGCGACGCACAACAGCCACCGGACCACAGCACCUGCCCCAGCGGGGAAACCCCUCGUGUUUCUCCCACUGCGCGCUUACCUGCGUCCUGCCUGCAAGACAACUGGGUGUAUUUGCUCAUUGUAUCUCAUAACCACGAGGAUGUAGGCACCGCGGAACCGAUGGACGCGCGCCUCAUUUGGAACAUUCUGUAGUGCCAAAAAAGACAAGACAGUCAAAGACUCCUCUGCCGGCUCCUCGCGAGGCGUCUUUUUUUCCCCUGAAAUCAACCCCGUGCUUUUCAAGGACACAAUCAUCUGCAAGGAUGCCCGGAGCACUUCCCCGAGCGCAGUCGGUCUACAUCGGGAUGGAGGUGGUGAUCGCGCUCGCGUCCGUCAUCGGGAACGUGAUGGUCGUUUGGGCGGUGAAAAUUAACAGAUCGUUGCGCGAUAACACGUUUUGUUUCAUCGUCUCUCUGGCGCUGGCGGAUAUUGCAGUGGGAGCGCUGGUCAUCCCUUUGGCCAUCACCAUCAGCAUCGGACUCCAAACUCACUUCUACAGCUGCCUGCUGGUCGCGUGCACGGUUCUGGUGCUGACGCAAAGUUCAAUCCUGGCCCUACUGGCUAUUGCAAUUGACCGCUAUCUCAGGGUCAAGAUCCCAACCAGGUACAAGCGGGUGGUGACCCGGCGGCGAGCAGGGCUGGCGGUGGUGGUAUGCUGGACGGUGGCCUUCGUCGUGGGGCUCACCCCAAUGCUGGGCUGGAACAACCUGAAGCGUCUCCAGCAGAACGGCUCCAUCAGCUCUGACCUUGUCAUCACCUGCCAGUUUGAAAAUGUCAUCAGCAUGGACUACAUGGUCUACUUCAACUUUUUCGGCUGGGUUCUGCCGCCGCUGCUUUUCAUGUUGGUCAUCUACGCGGAGAUCUUCUACGUGAUCCACAAGCAGCUCAACAAUAAGAAGUUCACCACCAGCCACGCAGACCCCAACAGGUACUACGACAAGGAGCUGAAUCUUGCCAAGUCGCUGGCCCUGGUUCUUUUUCUCUUUGCGAUCAGCUGGCUCCCCCUCCACAUCAUCAACUGCAUCACGCUCUUUUGCCCUGAGUACGAAAAGUCCAUGUACCUGAUCUACAUCGCCAUCCUGCUCACACACGGCAACUCUGCCGUCAACCCAAUCAUCUACGCCUUCCGUAUCAAGAAGUUCCGCACGGCCUUCAGGAAAAUCGGGCAGCAAUACUUCUGCUGCAAGUGCACGCCAGCUCUGGAGAAUCAGCCCAGCGACAGGAAAGAGAUGCCCGAUCCGGAGCGGCAGUCUGCGGCGCCCCCACAGGCCCCCGAGAAGGAAAAUCUAGAAUGUGAUCCACUAGAACGGCAGCCGUGUACACCCGGGCGGCAGCAGGACCGCAGAACCGAACCACCUCGACAUCCGAACGAACACCCGCCAUUACUCGAUCAAAACGCCGUCUAAGCCGAGGAACGGAGCUGAUGGAUUGCUGGGAGAGUAAUGAUCAGUGUUGUUUUUUCCCCCCAUUUGAAUGCAGUCUAAUGAGGAGCAUGAAGUGCUAGCACACCAGAGGGACGGCGGGGACUUGCAUCGUAAAUCGAAAAUACUGGAAGAUCAUUCAUCUUUACUCAGGAGGAAUGGAUUUUUAUAAACAAUUGGUCAGAGCAAAAAAAUGAAACGCAAAAGGGUUCUUUCUUGCAAUAAUAGAGGUAUUUUUCUCCUCUAUUUCCAUUAUAUUCAGUUGGUGUGAACUUCACAAAAUGUGCAAUAUAAGUUUUUGUGGUUGGUUGAUUAUCAAACGUUGUACCUUCCAAUAGAACGAAAGUGUGUACGUUCAGUGAGUUCAUUUUCAUUACUGUGUGUUUUUAAACAGCCCGUAGCUGAAGAACAUGAAUGUAACAACACAAAUAACCGACGAUAGCGGCACAAUUCUGAACGCUCGUCUCUUCCCUCGCCUUGAGCACCGCGGUGGCAGAGCAAGUGGCACUAUGGGAGAGCUCCUCGCGGCGCGGAGCUGUGCAGAUUGAAGGGUUUUGUAAUCCCUUAACCCUUCUCCGCUGGUGCUGAGUGACUCGUGGGGUCCAGCAGCAUUGAUCCAUUGCGGAGGAGAUGGACGGCGAUAAGACAAGAAGCCGCUGGGUCGAACGGCUGGUUUUAACCUGUUUCGAAGCUGUGUGCAGGAGACUCGCCGCUGCAGGACGACGUCUGUACUCGCGGGAGAGAAACAAGAUGCACUUAAAGCGGGUGUUUAUCCGGCCUGCGGGCCAGCUGCUGGUGAGAGCUGUGUUUUUCCUUUUUUUACACUACAUGGACUGAUAACGUUAUCACGACUUACAGCGGCUUCCCUGGCCUUACUCUGUAUUCCUAUUAGCACGGACUGGAGUGGGAAAGGGAACGUGAAUAUUGUGAGCAGCUUAACUAACGUUCUAAACUCAACAUUUGGCAUAAUGUCCAACUGAGGUAUCUGUAGAGUGAAAAUUGUGUUAAAUGCCAAUGACAAAAAAAAACGAACGGGAAUGUAGAGUCGUUGUGUGCUUUUAAUUGGAAAGACCCAGAACUCUGGCCAAGACAGUCUACCGACGGACUCUCCUGAGGGGUGACAAUCUCUCACGUGGUUUCUAUUGCAGUCAGUCUGACCCGGGAAGGCAGAAACUUUAAUGCCAUCCACACCAAAGUGUAUAGCCAGAUGUACUGUACAUAAUACACACCGUGGGAAGAAAAGCAGUAUGAAUAAACACAUCAUCUAAUGUGCACAAUGCUAUUUUCACGAUAUAUUAUGAGUAUUGAUUCCAAUUGAAUAGUGAAAUAUACACAUUUGGGAUAAAUCCUUUGAUAGGUUGAUGGAUGACCUGUGAUGCAAACGGGUCUACUGAGCACACAGUCUAACUCUGUCUCAGAAUUAUGUUGAAAAGCCAAUAAUGUGCAACAGGAAAUACAUUUUGAAGGAUGCCACCAAAAACAGGCUUUCUGUUUUCUCAAUGAGUGCAUGUCAAGUCACAAAAAUGUUGAUAUUGAAAUUUGGGUUUCACUGCUAUAGACGAUAACCAAGAAACUCUUUCAUCACUUGAUUUGACUAAACUUGAGUUUUGCAUCCUAUCUAUCUAACAACAUCCUUCCGGCUCUGGUGGAUGAAUGCAGAGCUGAAUUUUAUCCAGGUGAACAUUAUCCAGGUAACCACAGGUAUUAUAUUUGUCUCUACAACACAAUCGGGAAACCAAACCAGUAAUUUAUGAACGUAGUUUAAGGGUUGCAGAGUCAAAUACAAAGUGGAAAAGGGUUUUCAUUCAAUCAUUUGAAAUUGUCCAUCACACAAAAAGAUCACCUGAAGAUUUGUAUGUGAAAGGGACUGUUACAGAUGACGAAGCCACUCAAGCCCACCUGUGUGCUGAGCUAAAUUCAUGUUUAUUUCAUCUCUAAGCUCAUUGUGUUGCUUUGCCAACUAUUUCCUUCCUUCCUCGCUGCUUCCAGCGCUUUUGCUCGGGCCAAACCGUUGUACCUUUGUACUCGGCCUUCAUUUUGAUCUCGACUACACACCUGUCUAGCAUCAAUGUUGCAGCUGGUGAAGAAGAGUUAUUGUUGGACUCUAAUUUCUCAGCUAGAAAAGGACCACAUCGAAGCUUUUGUGGCUGCGCACCGGCUGGCUGUGUAAAUAAGCUACGAUAUGCUUACUUUUUACCAUAUUAACUUAUAAAGAUAUUGCAGUGUUGUGUGUACAGCUGGUCUCUGCUUCCCAGAAGUUGCCAAAAAAUAAAUCUGAUUUGAGCAUGCAUUAACGGCCGCUAUCGAUCUGCUGCUUCCAUAGAAUAAAGUCUGUAUGUUAACACAGGUACACAAACUAAAGUAAAGACACCAAACAACUCAGAGCAGCACUUGUUUUGUAUGGUUGUUUUUACCUAUUCCUUCCCCCGGGCAAGUCACCACUUCAGUUGUAAUUAUUCCACUGCAAAGCUCUGAAAGCCCCAGAUAUCUCAACUCUCCAUCCGUAUCUUGCAUGGCGGCCUGUCAGAGUUCUCAUUACUGCGGCAAUAAUGCAGCGAGCAGCUCCUGAUAACAGUCGAGAGUUGUCACAGCUCUGGAAACCCAUUUUUCCUCUCUGUGUCUGCGUUCCUUUUGAUAUUUGCAUUGGCGUCAAGUCCCUGGAAAGACUAUUUAGGAAUGCUUACUCCUGCUGUGUCUCAGAUUCACUUCAAUCUUCAGAUGUAAUCUGUCCAGAAUCCAUUAACAGAAAAAUAAACAACACACGUUCAAGUGAUCUAGUGUCGUGCGGAAAGGUAGUAAAUCAAUUCUUUGGUUUAGUGUUUUACAUUCAGAGUAACACCUAUUACUGAAUCUUGGAGGUAAUUAUUUUCAUCCUGGUUUGGUUUCAUUGGAUAAAAUGCUGAGUUUCAGAGAAGGAUUAAAUAUCAAGUUGAAGGCGACUUCAGAUAAGAACGGCAAAUAAGAGGGAAGGAAAUACUGGUGUUUUGUAUUUCAAAUGGAACAACAGAGGUGACCUUUCGUCGCAGCGACCCGCUGUCCUUGUCCUAAUGUGGGUGCCAACCGCAGAUCGCAGUAGAAAGGGAGGCUCUUACCAUCACAUCAUAUUCACAUUCUGCAGUAAACACUCGGUCGGGGUAGUGACCUUGUAUUUGAUGUUGGGACAUAUUUUGAAUUACAUUUACAUUAGAUUCCAAAAAUAACUUUCACAUUUGCAAGGGAAAAGAUACAUGGAAACAAAAGGCAAACUACUGAGUAUUUCAAGUACAAGAGAUGCAUGCAAUGCACGUUUUUGGAUCAAUAUUUGUUCAAAAUGGUUUGUUUCAACCAUGUUUCAAGUCAAUAUUAGGCUCUGUACAUUACGUGGAGAUCUACCGAGUGACCUUCCAAUCUCCCAAAGACUCGCUUCACUUGUUAGGCUGAGAAGAAAGAGCGUUGCUAUAUUUAUAUCCCAGUAAAGUUUUUUUUUUAAAUUAAAAAUGGAUUGGUUUGAUCCAUCCGGGUUCUCAUCAAGCUUCAUAAAUAAGCAAGCAUGUUGUGUCCACGCUUCCUAUCAAAACAUCUGUUUUUGGGAACAGCUGUAUCACAACACUAAUGAAGAUCUUCGAAGGGCAGCGCGUACAGAAAAUAAGCUCCACAGUACGAUGGUGUCAUACAGUAAAGCCAAGGGUAACAUCCACCAUCAGUUGAUUGUUGCCAGUCUUCUGCACGUGUGGUUUCACUAGAAAGCAACCGGUCAUAAAAACAAGGCCACCGAUUGUGCCUUUAGUUGAAGGAGCAUCUGUGUCAUGAUACAGCAAUGUGACCAGAUCCGUUAGUUGGCUUCACCAACCUGGAACGCAUUAAAAACUUCAAACAAAAAUGAGUAGAUGCAUAUUUGCAGCAGAUGGAAUAUUUGCACGCUGCAACAAAUUGCGGUUGAUUAAGAUGUAAUGAUAUGCGACGUUUUUUAGAUAAACAUUUGCAAUACAGCAAAGGUAUCACACAAAGGGGAUCAAUUUACAGCACUGUUUGCUGCUAAUGGAACCUAAAGGUGAGAUAAGAUCAAAUCAAUCAAAUGUAUUUUACAGUGCUCCAGAAACGAGUUCAUCUCGCUCACUGAACGUUAGAAUAAAGGGUGAGAAAAUCUUUCAAUAAAACAGCAUUAGCGUAUCUGCAAAUAACACAAACUAAUUUCUCCAAACAAUCAAUUAUUCACAGAGCAGGCUUUCUAAAUUAGAAAUGUUUGCCUCGGGAGGUACUUUGUAAAACAGCUUACGGUGAAGGUGUAAAACAGGGAGGGAGAGCGUCUCCUGUGUGAAUCCAGAGGUAAGAGAAGAUGAAAAAAGGAUUCAUAGGAUUUCAUUAGAAAAUGUUUUUGAGCAGAGGUUUAAUGCUUUGUUGAGGACCAUGUUUCACCUCCCUUCACAGUACUGUCUGUUGAGGCUUGAUGUUGUUUCUCUCCCCAUUAGAGCUAUAUUUGUUGUCGUCAAGAGCUUGAUCACAGACUGCCCCCUGCUGGUAAGUGAACGUGUUGGUAGGUUUGAUUACCACUCAGCAGCAGGUACUCACUGUACUCACCGGCAGGCUGCUGACUGGUACUAAUUGGGUCACAUCUGGCUUCUUCAUUAAACAUCUCCCGCAGGUCCCGAUGGCACUUACAGCGUCCAUAGGGUUGUUUUUAAAGGUCUUAAAAUAAAAAUCUGGUUUUUGGAGCAGACAUGAAAAGGUCUUAAAUAAAUGUCUCAAGGGGAAGGGAUGAAGGAGCCAGAAUUCAACGAGUUGUCACUUGGGAUUUAAUUCAGCCACGUAAUGCUAAGAAACAACAUGUAGCCACAAUUCUUUUUUUGAAAUGCUUAAAAUAUGCUUGAUUAGUUGAGAAAAACUUGUGGAAAAUGUCAAUUCCUUAUUUGUUUACGAAAAACGUGUGUUUGAAAAGAAUGUACAGUAAAAUUUGUAAGAUAGUUUUCCAUCUAUUUUUAUUAUAAGCAAAAAAGGUUGUUUGAAGUUUUUGAUUUGGUCUUACAAAGAUGCUCAAGAUAUCUAGAACAUGUUCCCUCAUCCACAUAAGGGCACCCACUCAGUUCAAAGCCAAUAGUAAAACCUAUUCAAAGUUACACAGGCAAAAGUACAUCAUCCAAUACACACAAUACAAUCCAAAUUCAAAACUAUUUAUAUUCUAACGCUGGAUUUUAAUCGACGAUGCAGUAAUGAGCUCAUCACUUUAAUGUUUUAGUUUUCAUUGUGCCUUCCUCGGACAUUUGCUUGGUAAUAAUGCUUUGCCAGAGUUCAUGUUAUGCUGGAUUUACUGUGGACCAUUUAGUAGAUACAAGCCGAGUCAUCAGUAAACGUGUAACGACCAACAGUAAAUGUCAGGGUUCAAGUUGUUUUGCUGAAUUACCGUAACCGACGGAGGGAAAUGUUUGUUAUGUUUGUCAUAAGCCAACGCAAGUUCAAACUGAGGCAACACCACCUCAAGUCAAACGCGGGGAAUAUUACCUGCCACAACAAGUCCGAACCAGAGUGUGGUGAGGCAGCAGAAGUGCUGAGGCUGACUCACCUCCCACCUGCCAUCAGCUGCUUUUCCUCUAUCGGGAGGGGAGAUUCCCAUCCUCUUCCCCCUGUUUUCUGUGAAGUUGGUUUUAAAAACCUGGAGAACAGACCUGCCCAUCCAUGACUCUUUAUUAUAACACAUAAAAAUAAGCACUGUUCUGUUUCGGUUUACGGGCCGCAGAUUUUGAAAACAACUCUUUUAAAAAGCUAUGGAGGCGUCGCUCCAUGUGCAGUUUAAAAGCAAUAAUGUGAUUUGGUGUAAUCGGAGCUGCACUUGUGGCCCGUGCUCUCCCUCCCUUGUGGCUGUGCGUUGGAUGGCAGUAAUUAGCUGUUAACUGUGGUGGUGAAACUCGGCUGUCCAUAAAGUCAACACAACUCCCCCUGCCUGGACUCGCUCAGCAAAAGCGGCCCACGCUCAGCAGGCCCCGUCUCCCCUCCUCAAUGGCUCCAAACGGGCCAGAUCGCCGUCUCAUGUCAUUCCCUUCUUCUCAUUUCCCGUCUGAAGAAAGCAGUUAAAAUUCAGAUUGGACUGGGUACUUAUCGCUCAAUCACUUCUGUUACAAUCAUUGCUCACACCGAUGAAGCAAGGUCACAACUGAGAUGGUAUAUUUUGUUCUCAUGAAGCCACACGUUAGUCAACAACGUUGCGUAACCACGUGUGUAUCAAAGUCAUCAUUGCAGAGGCCUUUCUGUCACUUCCUCUUACACACAUCAGCAGCAAAGUGUCCCAAUCCUGUAGAACCCUGAGUUGGAAUCUCAGUAAAUGCGCGUUAUUGCUAUAACAGUGAUGGUUUAUACAACAGCUUGGAUCACCUGCACACGGCGCGGCGCUUUGAUCCCCGGCUGCGUGCUUGAACUUCAUUUCUCCACAUUAAGAUAAAAGAGAAAAAUUGCACUCAGCUCAGAUAAGGUCUUAAAACGACUCUGAUCUACAUUUAGUUUAGUCCUUCAGCUCAACCGAGUAUUAAUUAAAUAAAUAAAACUAGAUUCUGAAGAAGUGUUUGGUGAAGCAGAAGUACACUUCCAGGGAGACAUGAGUCGAAGCUGAUUCCCCUUGAGCCCCCACGCUGCCACUCCUGUCAAAUUAUUUCUGUCUCACUUAUCACGCUGUCUGGUGACUCAUGACAGACAAGUUGUUGUAUAAGUGACACUUGGCCCGAUAUGUUUUACGCCCUGACAGUCGCUUGUUUUGAUCCUGCCAUAAGUUUUGUUUGUAAUGAGGAUCUUUGUGAGCCAGUUUCACUCACAAGCAUGUGUGUUGACAAUUUAACGAGGCUUUCCAAUAUAAACAGACAAUACGUUCAACAUUUGGCUUCAUCGAUAUUGUGAUGAUAAAGUGAACAACAUAGAAUGACCAGAAAUGAAGCAAAGGGAGCACAGAGGAAAACUUCUUGGAAAGCCCAAAUAAACUGUUGCGAAGAGUUUAGUAGGUCAUAAAAACAAAGCUUUCCCGCAGAAUAACUGAGGCCGAGCGGAGUCAGCAGGGCUUGGUAAAGUACCUGGACGUGGUGCUGGAGUAAUGCUGCGUCCACAUCUAACACAGUCUCUGUGUCCCGCCGCAGCGUCAACAAACCAGCUUUUAAUAAACACAACGCAGUUGAACGAGCGCCCACGUCAACCGUGGCAGACAGGAAGUGACUUUUUAUUUAUAACGGCCUGCUAGAAACAUCCCAUAAUAAAUCAACAGUUUGCUUUUAACGAGGCAGCGUAUAAACUGAACAGGGUCACAAUUAAGAAACUUUCUGUUCAGGGCUGAACACUAAAGAACGUACACCAACAGCAAAACAACACCAGGGCUCAAACAUAUGAGUUUUGGUGAGAACACAAUGCGUAUGAUCAGAGUUUUCACGCUGAGCUGUAAAUGUCCUUAGCAUGCAAAGAUUUAGGCCAUUUCUGAGACGUGCAACGGGGUUCAUUCCUUCGGGUUCUGCUUUACUCGGUUUCAGCGGCUGCAGAGAAGAAAAAAAGAAACGGCCACGUCACAAAUGACAACCUUUUUUGUACUGCGUGGCUCUGUUGUUGCAAGGUUAAUCUAAUGAUAAAGACCCGUGAACUGUGAGGGUCUCGCUGUUCCACUGACAUUAUCCAGCUCUCUGAUGACGCAGUUGGUCGCCUCAUAUGUUGAUGGUGGUGCAGGCCAACAGGCUGUGCUGUGUCUAAGAGCAAUUUUGGAAAAGAGUGCCACGCAAAAAUGUGUAUUUUUUGAGUAUCUGUGCCAGACGUCUUUUUGUAAGUGAAGUGGCAAAAGCAAAGGAAGUGUGGUAUUUGUUAACGUGCAUGGAGCCGUUUUCAUUAGGCCUUUGACGCCGUUUAAAAUCAGUGGCAGAUGUUUUCAAAGGAGGCAUGGGGAUCCACUGACGAGCCACAUAUAUACAGAAAUAACCUUAUGAUCGUGUCGGAAUGACUAUAAAAAAGGAAAUAUGUGUUAUGUACCUACAUUGUAGCUGUAUUUUUUGUGGUGUGUGUGUCAAGUGUCAAUAAACACAGAAAACAAA